CGCAACCUGAACAGACACGCCACCGCGCAAGAGACACGACACGACUCCACUGAGACUGUCACCACUAGAAGGAAAAGGAGGAGGAGGAAAGGCAGAGAGGGGGAUGCUGUCAGCAGGUGUCUACAAGUGAGAUUGGACAUCGAGAGAAGGAGAGAGAGAGAGAAAGGGAAAAACAAUAGCCUACAAGACAUAAAGAAGGACAGGGAGAGAUGGAAAGCAGAGUCUAAGACUUGAAGCUGAGUCCGUUGAAACAUCGUUGGAGUUUGGGGGGGAAACAAUAAACAGCAUCAUGCUCUAUCCAGCUCUGCUCUGUGUGCUUCUGCUGCUGCUAAGUCCUCUUAAACCAACAGAGACACGAGCUCUUCACCCCCCGAACCCCAACAACGCCAUGCAGUUUCUUGAGCAGGUCCUUGACCGUUACAAUGAUCUCCUGACCCUCGAUGACCUCGAGAAUCAAACAAAUGACCAACCUGAGGAGCCCAUGCAAGUGUACAGUUCCGGGUUAAAGGUCGCCGAGUACCCGAAGUGGAUCGACCUGCCACCCCAAAGUGACAACUCAUGGCUCCGCCUCAUGCGUGCUGCUCUGGCCAAUCAGAAGCGAGUGGUGCCUGACCGCGUACGGAGGGGGUGGAACCGCGGUUGCUUUGGGCUAAAACUGGACCGGAUAGGGUCAAUGAGUGGACUGGGAUGCUAGAGACGAGUCAAAGGAUCCUGAGAGGAGAGAUUAGUAGAUGUAUGUAUGAAAUGAUGGAUGGAAGGAUGGAUGGAUGGAUGAAUGAAUGAAUGAAUGAAUGAAAGGAUGAGUGAAUGAAAGAAAUGAGUAAUAGGAUGAUGGACAUGAAUAAUGAGCCAAAUUUUGAUUAUUGUGCUUCUUCUUGGGCACAGUCUGUUAGAGGGACAUCUGUAGCUGAGAUAGACUGUAUUUGUGAGGGCAGUAGGAGGGCUGUACAUGCAGUUAGUCACUCACACUUGGCCACAGUCAGAGGGAGGGGAGAGAUGAGGAGAACAGAGGCUGGACAGUAGACAUUCGUCUCUCAAGGACAGCACCGGUACAAGACCUUGCUCACACACACACACACACACACACACACAAGUUUCCAAAUCACAGGGAGACACAUUAGUUUUGUCUAUCUAGUUUCCAUGGUAAAGCAGUGAAGCAUUGAUUGGUCUCUGUGUCACCUGCGCUGUGCUGAUGUAAAUUGAAAUCUCUGUCAUGUUAAUGCAUUUUCAGGAGAUAACAUGUAGUGCUUUGGGCAUCAUAUGUGGAUCUUCAUGGUAUAAAAAAAUAUUAAAUAUCCUGUCCAGAAUUAUUUUGAGAAACAUGCAUGAUUAAUAAUAAACAUUAACAUAACACAGAGGUUUGCUUUAUGUUUCUCUCUAUAUUGUGCAUGAAUAAAAGAUUUUGAAAAAUCA